UAAACAAAACAGGACAACCUUUCACUCUCUCUCUCUGUCUUCUGCUCAUUCUGUCUCCCUCUGUCCAAAUUCAGGGAGAGAAAUUUCAAUUCCUUAAGAUCGAAACCAUUUUCUCUUCAAUCCUCACAAAACCCGCUUUCCCGCAUUUUCUCGGAAACUUUCCUUCGGUUCAUUUUUCUCGGAAAAAGUAUGGGAAUUGCAAAGAGUUCAUUUCCUUUGUGUCAGCUUUACUCUUCCCAUGUGCUGUAGUGAGCGAACGACACAGUUCGUUUGAAAAACCUCUGCUUUUCUCUCUUUUAGAUAUUUUCAGUCGCUCUGUUUUCCACAAAAGUGCAGAAUGGGAAUCUCUAGAUUUCGAGGCUCUUUGAAAGCUCAUUUAACUUUUUUGGGGAAUUAGUCGAGCUGUGUAUAUAAAGCCCUAGUUUUUUGGUACCUAAAGGUUACGCUAUUUUUCUUUCACUUAUUUUCUGUGGAAUUCUGGGUGGGUCUUGACUUUCUUAGGGGUUUUGGGCAAGUUGGAGUCUGGGCAUUGGAAAAAUGGGGGUUUUAGUGGUUUCUGCAAGGUGGUGUUUCGAAGGGGUUGAGUAUUGGCUUGGUGAAUUUUGAAUGUGAAUGGACCAAAGGGUUGGUAGGAGUAUAACUUUGAGGGGCUCAAGUGGUGGAAAAGUUGAGAUCUGUUUUGGGAACUUGAAGAGCAAGGUCAAUGAAUGUGCAUAGUGGAAGUGUCAAAUCCAUAUGCUUUUGGGUCUCUGGGGGUCUUUCUGGUUGUCUGAGCUUUUGAAAGUAAAAGAAGAAUCUGGGUUUUAGUGAAUUUUCUAGAUGGGUAUUUGAUGAUUUGAGGGUUUGUUGGAUCAUAUUACCUGCUCGGGCAAACCCAUAUUCUGGUUGAAUUCGAAGUGUGUAUUUUAUUUUUCUUUUGAUUCUGAGUGGGGAAAAAGGCUGAGAUCCUUGGAGAAUUUGGUGUUAAGCCAAAGGAGUGAUACUAAUGUCAGGAGCUCCAAGAGUAAGGUCUAUCAAUGUGGCUGAUUCAGAGUCAAGGCCAGUGCUUGGACCUGCUGGGAACAAGGCAGGGACGUUCAGUGCACGAAAACCAGUUUCAAAACCACUGAGAAAGGCUGAGAAAUUGGCUGAGAAGGUUGCCUCAGCUGAAGAGAAGAAAACUCGUCAAUCUUCAAUGCUAACUACCUCUCCUCAGCUGCAUUCUCCCAGUGUUCCGUCAGUGCUUCGUCGACACGAGCAGUUAUUGCACUCAAAUUUUUCACUAAAUGCUUCAUGUUCAUCGGAUGCCUCUACGGAUUCAUUUCAUAGUAGAGCAUCUACUGGUAGGUUGACUAGGUCGAAUAGUGCCGGCAGUAGGAGGAAGCAGUAUGUUUCGAAGCCAAGAAGUGUUGUUUCUGAUGGUGGAUUGGAUUCUCCCCCUGAUGGUUCGCAGUCUAAGAAGAGGUGUGCUUGGGUGACGCCUAAUACUGAUCCAUGUUAUGCUGCUUUUCAUGAUGAAGAAUGGGGGCUUCCAGUACACGAUGACAAGAAACUGUUUGAGCUUCUUGUCUUAUCUGGUGCUUUGGCUGAACUUUCAUGGCCUGCCAUUCUAAGCAAAAAGCACAUCUUUAGGGAAGUGUUUGCAGACUUUGAUCCCGUUGCCAUCUCAAAGUUGAAUGAGAAGAAGCUAAUAGCACCCGGAAGCACUGCAAGUUCCCUAUUGUCUGAACUAAAGUUGCGUGCUAUCAUUGAGAAUGCACGUCAAAUGACCAAGGUCAUAGAAGAGUUUGGAUCAUUUGACAAGUAUAUUUGGAGCUUUGUGAAUAACAAGCCUAUAGUUAGCAGAUUCCGGUAUCCUCGGCAGGUUCCGGCAAAAACUCCAAAAGCAGAUGUGAUAAGCAAAGACCUCGUGAGAAGGGGAUUUCGAAGUGUGGGGCCAACUGUUAUUUAUUCUUUCAUGCAGGUCGCUGGAAUUACAAAUGACCAUCUCGUUAGUUGCUUCAGAUUUCAGGAGUGCCUAAACGCAGCGGAAGGGAAGGAAGAGUAUGGAAUCAAGGAUGAGGCUGAAAAGAAAACAGAAAAUGGGAUAGAAUCGGACUUAUCUGUUGCCAUGGAUGAAUUGAGUUUCUCCUCAGACUUAUAAAGAAAAUGCCUUGGUCAGCCGGUUUCAAUCAUCAGUUUGCCACAUUGACUGAUUCAGAGCUACUCUUGUAUUGGGUAGUAGUGAAGAGGGUUUUGUGUGUAAUUAAUGAAUUCUGAAGCAUUAUGGAUUCUCGCUUUGUAGAUUACUGAAGUGGAUUAAAAUGAAAACUGGUGAUUGUGCCGUUGGUGCGGCUUCCCUAGUCU